UAUCUAUAACUAAUUAGUCACCCUUAGCUUGCAUGGGCUUCUUCAAUUUCUUCCACACAAUGUUUUCAUUUCUGUAUUAUCUGCUUCUUCUUGCAAUUCCUCUAAUGGCAGCAGUGAUGUUUCAUCACUUAAAGAAACAACAACACAGAAGAACCACUCUACCACCAGGUCCUAAACCACUUCCCAUAAUCGGAAACCUCCACCAACUCGACAGCUCCAACCUCAAUGUCCAACUAUGGAACCUCUCAAAGAUCUACGGCUCCAUAUUCUCCCUUCAAAUAGGUUUCAAACCAGCCAUAGUCAUCUCCUCACCGAAACUCGCAAAGGAGGUCCUCAAAGACCACGAUCUCGACGUUUCAAGCAGACCUCCCUCGCUCGGAACCACUAGACUCUCUUACAACGGUUUCGAUUUGAUUUUCUCUCCAUACAGCGAGUACUGGAGAGAAAUCAGGAAGAUCUGCGUCGUUCAUUUCUUCAGCUCCAAGCGAAUCUCUGGAUUCUACCACAUCAGAAAAUCCGAAGUGGAAAGAAUGUUAGGCAAGAUAUCAGAGCACGUGAGUUCUUCGAAAACGACGAAUCUGAGUGAGAUAUUGAUGUCCGUUUCGAGUUCUAUAGUAUGCAGGAUUGCGUUCGGAAGAAGAUACGACGACGAAGGAGCGGAGAGGAGUAGGUUCCACGGGUUGCUGAAUGAGAUCCAAGCUAUAUUUCUUGCUUUCUUUGUUUCGGAUUAUAUUCCUUUCAUGGGUUGGGUUGAUAGGGUAAGUGGCUUGCUUGAUCGUGUUGAAAAGACUUUUAAGGAGUUGGAUGAAUUUCUGGAAGGAGUAAUUGAAGAACACGAAGAAGAUCAUAAUAAUGGAAAGAAAGGGGAGGACAUAGUUGACGUCUUGCUUGAGCUUAAGAAGCAGGGUAACUUGUCCAUAGAUAUCACCAAUGAUCAUAUCAAAGCUAUUACCAUGAACAUGCUUGUAGCAGCAUCAGAUACAACUGCAGCCACAACAACUUGGAUAAUGACAGCAUUGAUGAAGAAUCCAAGAGUGAUGAAGAAAGCUCAAGAAGAAAUUCGAAGUUUAUACGGCAGGAAACAGUUCAUAGAAGAUGAAGAUAUUGAAAAGCUUGUUUAUCUGAAAGCAGUGAUCAAAGAAACAUUAAGAUAUUAUGCACCUGCACCAUUGGUACCAAGAGAAUUCAACAAAAAGAGCAGAAUAGCAGGGUAUGAAAUUGAAGCCAAGACUAUAGUAUACGUAAAUGUGUUUGCCAUCCAUAGAGACCCUGAAACUUGGAAGGAUCCAGAAGUAUUUGAUCCCGAGAGAUUCAUAGACAGCAAUAUCAAUUUCACUGGACAAGAUUUCGAGCUGAUUCCAUUUGGUGCCGGACGAAGAAUCUGCCCAGGGAUACCGCUGGGAUCUGCAUCCGUAGAGCUUAUAACGGCGAACCUCCUUAAUUCAUUUGAUUGGGAAAUGCCUCAAGGGAUGAAGAGAGAAGACAUAGAUUCUGAAGGACUUCCGGGACUUGCUAGGCACAAGAAAAAUCAUCUUUGCUUGCUUGCCAAGAACCAUAUUUGA